AUGGCACCACGGCGCGGCUGCGACUCGUUUUUCUGUGGCUGGCGACUCGUGGGACUCCUGGCGGUGCUGGCGACCAGGCGGUUGCAGUUCAUUGCGGCCUUCGCAUCGGGGCCUGCACUGGACAAAAAGGCUGUCCCCUUGCAGCACCUCGUCACUUCAGCACCGCUGCUGCGCGGCACAAAGGUGGGCGGCGACGAUGCACCGGUGGUGUUUCUGUUGGACAAACAUGCCCAGCACCUCACGCGAUACAUCCUCGAGGACCCCGACGGCCCUUUCCAUGCAAAGACCUUGGAGUGGCCACAGCGUCUCUACGAUGAUGUCCAUGGCAAGAAUGAGCCCGACGACGAGGAUUGGGUCGAUGCGGAGAACUGGAAACGCUGGGAUUUUCAGUUCUCGAAACGGGAGCCCUUCAUGCUGAAAGCCGAUUGGCAUUCAGUGCCUGGAUGGGGCGACUCCUUCGAAAUCUUCGUGCCGCGGAAGAACAAGGUGAUGCCUGUGAGACAGGCGCCAUUGAGAUUGGUUGCCUUUCUUGAAGCCUUCCGAAGGGUGAACGAGGAGUGCUGGCAAGAGAUCCUUGCUGAGCUGAGAGUGAUGCAAGCUCAGAAGCCCGAUGAUUAUCCGAGGAGUCGUUUGCUGCGGAUUCUCAUCGAGGACUUCGAAGAGCGCGGCUUCUUUGGGGCCAUCGAAGCGCAGGCGGGUCCGGGGCGGCGGAAAGAGAUGCAUUGGCACCGCGACGGGGCCACGGGCCUGCUCCACUUGGGGAUCACGCUCAGCGGCAAGCGGCGCUUGCAGCUGCGGGCGUGGAUGGAGGAGGAGUGGACGCAAGAGCUCUCGAUGUCAGCAGGUCACAUCUACCUGUCCUCGCCCUUUCUCUUCGAGCACUGCAUCAGCUACCGCCCGGAGGAGCCAACGCUGGCGCUGAUGUGUCGCUUUGGUUUCAUGGACGAGGAGGACUCCCUCUGGGUGAAUCACCUUCGAGGCCGAGAUAUGUUGGAGGCGAACCUUUUGGGAAUCGCGGCUGAGGGGAGAAUGGAGCGAUUUGUUUUUUUUUUGGUGUCCAAAAUCACUUUGAAGUCUUUUUUCUCCCAUAGAAUUGGUAUUCCCAGCUUUUUGUGGUGGCGCCAUUGA